AUGGAUGUUGACCAUGCAUUGUCAGAUGAGAGCAAUCAGGUGACAAAGACAGCGGUCGAGCAGGAACAUGUUGAAGAACCAAAGAAGGAUCCGUUAUAUCCAGACUACAACAAGGAGUUCCAUAAGCUAUUCUUCUCAGUCACUCAAUACAACAAGACUCCAAUCGAGAUACUAAAGAAUAAUGCCUUCUCUGGUGAGUUGGCUUCAUCCCCAUUGCGUGGUCUAGCAUGGCGUUUGUUCUUGGGCUGCCUUGAUGUCAACAGCAUUGAACGUUGGCAACGCAUUAUUAUAGAUCAGCGCAAUGAAUAUACCAAGUUACUGGAGGAUCACUAUGUCGAUCCAAGGAAUACCACCAUCUAUGAUCCAUUAUCCAAUGAUGAGAAUGUAUGCAUUUAG